UGUUAACUGUCCAGCACACAGCAUGACCUGAGAUGCGAAACGAAAGAAUGUGGAAUUAUUGACAAUAUUUAAUUACAAAAGUGUUAUUUUAAUAGCCGAAUACACUUGGAGACAAAUAAUUUCGCCACUGACAAAACCAUGUUUCGGCAAACGAAAGGAGUGCUCCAGAAACUUAGAUAUCUGAGUUUCAAUGGACAGCAGCACACAUGGAGGCUGAAGAGCACCAAAGCACAAGAGAGGGCCUGCCAGUACCAAGCAGGACAGAAAAUCCACGGCUUUACAGUCAGAGAAGUUGUGGUGGUCCCGGACUUGUUUCUCACAGCAGUGAAGUUGACUCAUGAUAAAACUGGGGCUCAGUACCUGCAUGCGGCUAGAGAUGACGCCAAUAACCUCUUCAG